AAGGUAGACUGUUCACACUCGGUACAGCUCAGUUUGAAUCUCUUGUCGAGCUUGUUGAUCACUACACCAAGUUUCCACUCUACAGAAAAAUUAAACUGAAAUACCCUAUCAAUGAUGAGGUGAACAUUGACUGCUCUUAUCUAACACUUAAAGUGUGACUAACCCCAAAUAUGAUUUUUGGUAUGAGUAAUAUUUGGAUCAUUCUAAGAAGAAAUGUAAUGUAUCUUUAUGGUAAAAAUCCUCAUCUUGGUCAACUUUUUCACUGCCAAAGUUUCCGGAUAUGAGGUCAUUUGGUAAUCUUUGAUACAAAAAACAAAGCAAAACUAAUUUGCAAUUCACCUAAUGACAUCAUGUCCGGAAACUUUGAGAGUGAAAAAGUUGAUGAAGAUGGAAUUUUUUAUUAUAAAGAUAUAUUACAUUUCUUCUUCGAACGAAUCAAAUAUUACACAUACGAAAAAUGCCGGCCCUAGGGCCGGUUGUUCAAAGCUGGAUUAGCGCUAAUCCUCUUUAAAAUUUAACCUGCUGUCUUAGUUUAUGUAUUUCUGCACGUCUGUUUAUUUCAAAACUUCAGAGAAGAAAACUCCUACUGAUCCAGACAAUAUUUCUGAAGAAAUAUUUCCAAAUUUUUAAACAAACUGUUAUAGGACGUUUGCUUGCAUUUUAGGUUAACCUUGGGUCAAGCCUAUCGACUUUUGAACAACCGGCCCCAUGUCAAACGAGAGUGAGAGUUUAGAAGCGAGAGUUUGCGUGAGAGUUUUCUCAACUCUAAUGCCUCGGUCAAACGAGAGCAAGAGUUGCAUGAGAGUUGCAGAAAACUCACAUUAAUGAGAGUUAAUGAGAGUGCACGAGAAUUGGUGGUCAGACACGUUGCAACUCUCAUCAACUUUCAUCCUCGUUUGACCGAUGCUUAAAUAAAAGGCAUUGAGUACUGCAUUUCACAACACCGAACUUUCAUGUGUACUCAUUCGUCUAAGGUAUAUUUAUUUUCUGUUAUUUCCUCUAGGUCCUUGAAGAAAUUGGAGUGGUGAGCUGUUUGUUUACUUCUUGUUUGUUGUGCUCAAACUCAGAACUUUACAAUUUUUUGUGCAUCUCUUUGUCUUAGGAUUUAGGCGAAUACGACUCAGAGAUCUACCAAGAAUUGUAUUUGAAUCCGACGUUUGUUACAAAGGUAAGUAUUGUAAAUAUCCAUCAUAUUUUAUGACGUGAUAACGACAGAAUGUAGACGGUAGAAAAAAUUAAGAAGUUCAAAUAUGGAUGAGGGGAAAGUAAAAAAAUAUGAUUUCAAUUCAAAAUGGAGAACUGAAUAGAAAUUUCCUCUCUCGCGUAGCAGUUUCACAUCAUUCCCGAAUUACCAAUUAAAUUUUUAUCCAUUUAUUUUCUAUUCAGAAAGUAUGCAGGGCAUUGUGGGACUACACCGCCACAGGCGAAGGAGAAAUGUCCUUCUGUAAAGGAGCAUUCAUUACUAAUGUCGUGAAAGGUGAUCAUGGCUGGUAA